UCUGGUAUAACGUGCUAUGUCAAUAGAGCCCAAUGCAUUUUGACGUGAACUUUAAAUACGCAUAUAUUUAAUGUUCAUAAUGAAGACCAAAUCCGUUCACGGAUGUGAGGCCUGGUGUCUCAGUGAAGAAACACCGGAGCCGCAGCCAUUAUCCUCCUCCUCCCUGCACAAAACGGACGUGACGUUUCAGGACGUGAACGUGAGGCACAUCCCGCCCGCCCCGUGCGCUGUGACUGACAGCAAAAUCGUCCAAUAGGAACUGUAGGUUGAGCUGUCUUGUCCAAUCAGUGCACAGGGUGGAUCCUAUUGAGCAAAAAUUGCAAGAUGGCGCUGAGAAGCCGUGUAUGAGGGUGCGUUCUUUCCUCAAGUCGCCAUGAAAGGUAAAGAGCGCUCCCCGGCUAAAGCCAAGCGGUCCCGGGGGGCGGACGAGUCCUCUCGGGAGCGAUGCGGAAAGAAGCUGAGCUCGGCCAGCGGCAGUAACGGCAGCGGAACCGCCGGCAAAUCCGAGAGCGGUUCGGGCCGCCGCGGCCUGCACCUGGACAAAAGCCUCUCCAGCAGCCGCGAGUACGAGGCGUCAGGCAGAGCCCCCGGCCUGCACAGCUAUGGCUCCCCGGGAGCAAGUAGUGGCAGCGGCAGCAGCAAAGGCGCCGAGGGCCGAGGAGGAGCGGCCGGGCGGGUAACGGAAGGCCGCGGGGAGUCGGAGUACAAGUCUCUGCGGAUCAGCGAGCUGGGCUCGUCCCUCAGCGAUGAGGCCAUAGAGGACGGCCUCUUCCACGAAUUCAAGAAGUUCGGGGAUGUCAGUGUGAAGAUCUCCCGUAAUGGGGACGAGCGGGUGGCCCUAGUCAACUUCAGACGCCCAGAGGAUGCCAGAGCCGCCAAGCAUGCCCGGGGCAGACUGGUGCUGUAUGAUCGACCACUCAAGAUUGAGGCAGUCUACAUGACUGUAAGCAGCCGGCGCAGGAGCCGAUCCCCUGCGGACAAGGAGUCCUACACUAGUCUGUCCACCGCAGUGUCCUUGCCAGCCCACCGCCACCCACUAAGCCAACGGGGACUGUCCCCAGGCGGCCUUGGCUACAGGGACUACCGUCUUCAGCAGCUUGCCCUAGGACGCCUACCGCCACCUCCUCCUCCACCUCUGCCCAGGGACUUGGAGAGGGAUCGGGACUACAACUUCUAUGAGGGGCGGGUGAGGCCCACUUACCCCUUAGACCAACGUCUGAGCAUCCGUGAGGACGACAGCUCGCCCGAGAAUGACAUGCGGGCCAACAGGACCUUGUUCCUUGGUAAUCUGGACAUCAAUGUGACAGAAAGCGAGCUACGCCGGGCAUUUGAGCGCUUUGGGACCAUCACUGAAGUUGACAUUAAGAGGGCGGCUCGGGGGCAGACUUCUACCUAUGGAUUUCUCAAGUUUGAGAACCUCGACAUGGCACACAGGGCUAAGAUGGCCAUGUCUGGCAAGUGUAUUCUAGGGAACUGUAUUAAGAUUGGCUAUGGCAAAGCCACUCCAACCAACCGCUUAUGGGUAGGAGGCCUUGGACCCUGGGUGCCAAUGGCAUCGCUGGCCCGUGAAUUUGACAGAUUUGGUACUAUCAGAUCUAUUGACUACAGGAAGGGGGACAGCUGGGCCUAUAUACAAUACGAGAGCUUAGAUGCCGCUCAAGCUGCCUGUACUCAGAUGAGAGGGGUUCCAUUGGGUGGUGAACACAGAAAGCUGCGAGUGGACUUUGCAGAUACAGAUCACAUCUACCAGCCCCCUUACCUUCAAACAUUACCUGUGCCCCAUUAUGACUUAGUGGGAGAUAGCUUUGGCCAUAGGGCACCUGAUCCUCUACGAGCCAGAGACCGCACGCCACCUCUGUUGUACAGAAACAGAGAAAGAGACUUGUAUUCAGACACUGAAUGGCUGCCCCUUCCUGUUAGAGACAGAAACAGAGUUGCUUAUGAUUCAAUAGAGACAUUAGAUCGACGAGCUGAUGGCUGGUCUUUAGACAGAGACCGUGAGAGAGAUGGAAUGAGCAAAGAUCAGCCUAGAAAAAGGAGGCUUAUGGACGAUAGCCGUCAUAUUGACCGAUCUCCAGAAAGUGAUCGCUCCAGAAAGAGACAUUGUAAUAGUCCUGACAGAAGUCGUGAUGGCAGCGCUGGGCGGGACAGCCGUUACAGUGAUACAGACCGCACAGCCGGGCGCACUGAAAAGACAUCACCUGCCAGAGACUGGCGCAACAGCCUAGAGCGUGGUGUUGGAGAAAAGCGUGAUCGAAAGAAUUCAAACUCAGUUGAAAGAGAGAGAAAGCAUCGUAUUGUGGAGAAUAAGAGCCCUGUAAGAAAAGAUGAGCGCCCCGAGCCCAGCAGUAAAGUCAAGUCGCCCCAGAAACAGGAUGCAUCACAAAAGCUUAGUCUGGCUUGGCAAGGUAUGCUGCUCCUCAAGAACAGUAACUUUCCGUCCAACAUGCAUUUGUUACAAGGGGAUCUUGCUGUAGCAACUGGCCUGCUCAUUGAAGGUUCCACAGGAGGAAAAGUUGCCCAGUUAAAAAUUACACAGCGUUUACGCCUGGAUCAACCCAAGCUGGAUGAAGUGACGCGUCGCAUUAAAGUGGCUGGUCCUAAUGGUUAUGCCAUCCUGCUUGCAGUACCUGGUACAUCUGAUGGUAAUUUCAGUGGAGAUCAAGCAAGCUCAACCCAACGUCCUCUGAGAAACCUUGUCUCCUACCUAAAGCAAAAACAGGCAGCAGGUGUCAUUAGUCUGCCAGUGGGGGGCAGUAAAGAUAAGGAGAACACUGGAGUUCUUCAUGCUUUUCCACCAUGUGAAUUUUCCCAGCAGUUCCUGGAUUCUACAGCUAAAGCCCUUGCCAAAUCUGAAGAUGACUAUCUUGUAAUGAUAAUAGUGCGGGGGGCCUCCUAAUGCAGUGUCUAUAUUCUCAUGCACUGUCCAUGUGGUAUUAUGGGAUACAGUACAAACGGUUCCUUUUGGUUUUGCUAAUUCAUUCUUUGUGCAGUGAUCUCAUGCCACACAUAGCAAGGUAUACGCAAGUACACUAUCCCAUAUUGUAGAACAGUGUUGAUGUGCUUUUUUUUAUUUUAUUUUUUUUUAUUAGCAAAGCUUAGCCCCCCCCCCUCUCCUUUUUUUUCUAUUCACCUGUAUAUCAUUUUCUUAACUCCUGAAAUGAAUGCUUGUUCGUAGAUCUUUACAAGCAGAGCCUUUCAUAGAGAUUUGAGUUUGUACACUAUUUUGACACAAUUUUCUGAAAUCUACUAACUGCUUAGGUUUACCUAUGAGACACCAUGGAUAGUAGAUGUUCUACAAAUAGUAACAGUUUACUGGAAAAUUGGAGCUAUAAUCCCAGUUUAUAUAGUGCAUUAGGUUAUAGCAGGCUAUACACAUUAGCUGGCAGUCCCCUUUUUAACAUGCAAUAUUUAUUCCAAAAGCCACUGUCGGACACCAUUGAGGAUGGGGAUGAUGAAUUCAGUUAUGUUAUCCUCUGUUGGUAGGCUAGAUGUUAAUCUAAUGUUUAUGGCACUUUAUUCUAAAUUGUUUCCUGCAGUUAAAGGGGUAU